UCGAGUUCUCUCCUUGGCCGCGUUUCUCCGCCGCCUUCUUCUCUUCCAUUCGAGGAAAUUGGAAAUCUUUCUUCACUUGAGAGCAUUAUAUUUUCAAACAACAACUUUAGUGGACAUGUGCCAAGACAAAUUGGGAAUAUCACACUGCUCAAGGAAUUAGACCUUAGUUGGAACAAUUUGGGAGGAAGCAUUCCACAGGAAAUUGGAAAUCUUUCUUCACUUGAGAGCAUUAUAUUUUCAAACAACAACUUUAGUGGACAUGUGCCAAGACAAAUUGGGAAUAUCACACUGCUCAAGGAAUUAGACCUUAGUUGGAACAAUUUGGGAGGAAGCAUUCCACAGGAAAUUGGAAAUCUUUCUUCACUCGCUUAUCUUGAUAUGAGUGGAAACUCUUUUCAUGGUCGGCUACCAAAGGACAUUUGCACGCACAAUAACCUUCAAAGACUUAAACUAGUGAACCUAUCCUUUAACAAUUUGGAAGGAGAUAUACCAUCGAGUUUGUACCAAUGUCCACAACUUGAGAGUAUUCGCUUGUCAAACAACAACUUUGGCGGAUAUGUGCCACAAAUUUGGAAUAUCACACUGCUGAAGGAAUUAGACCUUGGUUCGAACCAUUUGAGGGGUGAUAUUCCGAAGGAGAUUGGUUAUCUUAAUUAUUUAGAGGUCUUAGACAUGAGGAACAACAAAUUUAGUGGACGAUUACCAAGACAACUUUGGAACGUCACAACUCUUCGUGAAUUAUACAUUGCCAACAUCCCUUUAAUUGGUGGUAUUCCAAAAGAGAUUGAUAAUCUUAAUAAUUUGGAGAUAUUAGACAUGAGUUACAACAAUCUUUGUGAACCAUUUCCAAGACAAAUUUGGAACAUCACAACUCUCCGUAAACUACACCUUCGUGAUGCCUCUUUAUAUGGUAUAAUACCAUCCACCAUUGAGAAUCUAUCAAAUCUGCAGUGGCUAGAGCUCUCUUCCAACCAAUUAAAUGGUCCAAUACCAUCCACCAUUGGAAAUCUAUCAAAUCUGCAGUAUUUACGGCUCUCUUCCAACAAAUUAAAUGGUCCAAUACCAUCUACCAUUGGAAAUCUAUCAAAUUUGUGGGGUUUAUGGCUCUCUUCCAACAAAUUAAAUGAUGAACUUCCAUCCUCCAUCUGCAACUUGACAUCCCUUGAUGUUCUUCUUCUCUCAAAUAACAGUUUGGAAGGGACAAUUCCACAGUGCUUUCAAAACUUCCAAUCUUUGCUCAUCUUUCAUUUAAAUGCAAAUCACUUUAGUGGCCUCAUUCCAUCAAUAUUCAUAAAAGGGUGUAGUCUUAUCUCCAUCAAUUUGAGUGGUAAUAAAUUGCAAGGAAGAUUACCUAAAUCCUUAAUCAAUUGCAAAAGUCUUAAGAGCCUCGAUGUCGGAAAUAAUAGAAUACUAGACAAAUUUCCAUUUUGGAUGGAAGCUCUUCCUCAGCUUCGAGUGCUAGUUUUGAAGUCUAACAAAUUUGAUGGUAACAUGUCGUUGCCUUCACAAAGCUACCUUUCGUUUCCCAAGUUGCAAGUUUAGAUAUAUCGAGGAAUGCAUUUGGGGGAUCUCUACCUCAAAGAUAUUUCAAUAAUUUUAGAGCAAUGAUGGAUGUGAAGGAAAUUCAAACUGAAAUAUACAAUUAUGAGGAUUUGAAUUUUGUAGCUUACAUGGAGAUGACAAUCACCUUGAAAGGUCAAGAUCAGUUAUUGAACAGAUUGUUGGAAGCCUUUACAAUCAUCGACUUAUCCUCCAAUAAAUUCUCUGCGACUAUUCCACAUUCCAUAGGUGAUCUUAAUUCUUUGAGAUACUUGAAUUUGUCCCAUAAUAAUUUCAUGGGACACAUACCUGCAUCUCUUGGAAAUAUAAGUGUGCUUGAAUCAUUGGACUUGUCAUCGAACAAAUUGGAUGGAGGAAUUCCAAGUGAAUUGACGAGGUUGACAUUUCUUGAGAAAUUAAACCUUUCAAUGAAUGAUCUCGUGGGGCAAAUACCACAAUCUAACCAGUUCUCCACCUUUGAUAACGAUUCAUACGUGGGAAACUUGAGAUUAUGUGGAGUUCCAUUGACGAGAAAAUGCAACGAGGAGAAUGGGCAGCUGAUCGGGCCAGAAGAAGAAGAUGAUGAAGAAGAAGAGUAUGGAUUUAUAGAUGGAUUUGGAUGGAGAAGUGUGGUGAUGGGAUAUGGAAGUGGAUUCAUAGUUGGAAUUGGAAUUGGUUACAUUAUUAUUAGAAAUGGAAGGCCAAGUUGGUUAGUAGAAUUCUUUUUUGGCGUUGGAUAUAAUAAGAAGAAAAAGAGACUCAAUUGAGUAACACCAACAGAGAGGAGGAGUUGAUACUUUGUUUUGAAGAUGGUUAUUUUAAUCUUUGUGUCUUACUUUUUCUUCAUUUUAAUUGUUUCUCUCUUUCUCUUUUAUCUUUUUGAAUUAGGUCGACUUACAUGCUACCACUUUCUGAAACAAAUUAAGUUGUUAAUUUGUUGUAAUUCAUUAGUUUAGUUUGCUCUGUGAGACUUCUGUCGUGCUAAGAUAUUUUGUAAUUGCAAUUCCGUAAUAAUUCAUGGAGUUGAGGCUGAAUUUUUCCUGAAUUUAA